GGAGGACCAGCACAAAGGCAGAGCGGUGUUCGCAGUGCAGGGUGGGAUAGAGGAAGAGAGGAGUUCACAGAGCAAUGGACGUGUUUUUGAUGAUCCGACGUCACAAGACGACCAUCUUCACAGAUGCCAAGGAGUCGACCACAGUGUAUGAGCUGAAGCGCAUCGUGGAGGGCAUUUUAAAGCGGCCCCCGGAGGAUCAGAGACUCUACAAGGAUGACAUGUUGCUAGAAGACAGCAAGACCCUUGGAGAUUGUGGAUUCACAAACCAGACAGCAAGACCUCAGGCUCCAGCCACAGUAGGCCUGGCCUUUCGCAUCAGUGAUGAUGCUUUUGAGCCGUUGCGAGUGGAACCUUUCUCAAGUCCUCCUGAGCUCCCUGAUGUCAUGAAGCCCCAGGACUCUGGCAGCACUGCCAGCGAACAGGCUGUGCAGUGAAGCUUGUGAGGACAGACAACAGAGGGUAGGGUGGGUGGGGGUGCUUAAAGCAAGGAGGGUUAUGGAGUUGGGGCAACAUCAGGAAUGUAGAGAAUAUAUUUGUGUGUUAAAAUUACAAAGGGGAAGACUGGGGUAAGGGAGGGGGUACGGGGUGCAUGAGGUAGAGUGGUUGUUUGAUGGUGUGAAUUUUGCUGAAAAUUAGAUCCAUUUUCCUUGCAGUCCUUCUCUAGCUGUGCAGCUUUCUGACCAUGAUUUUGUCUCUUCAUGUGCCGAGUCCCAUCCCCAAUAUUCCUCCCAGCCCCCUGCAUAUGCUCAGGCACAUUUGAUUUGCUCUUGUGGGCCUGUGCACUUGGAUAAAUUGUUCAUUGGUCAGGCUGCUGUCAGUCAUCUGGAAGGCGAUUAACAGACUAUUUAAAAAUCACACCUUUUUUUUUAAUUUAAUUCACGUGUUUACGUUUGGAAAUUGAAGCUUUGUGGGGGUUUUUUUUUUUUUUUUUUUUUUGGUUUUUUUAAUGCUUCGUGUACUUGGCGAAGGGUUGUUGUGGUGCUGGAGGGGCUGAAAGAUUUCACUGUUCCCAUUUGAUGAAAUUGUUACUAGCAUAUUUCAUUGUUUAAUAAUAUUGUUAUUGUUUAGAUCCCUCAGUUUGUGGCUUUGGGGUUGAGAGCUACUAAUCUGCCAUAAAAUGCAGAUGAGUGAUUUAGAAGUCGUAAUGAACAUCGAGUUUAUAUCCCUGAAGGUUACAAAAUGCAAAAUUCUGUACAUCUUGACAAAUUUGCGAAGUGGUUGUUUAUUUGUAAAAACUUGUGCUUGCUUGUUUGUUUGUUGUUGUUUUUUUCCCCUCUUUCUUAAAACUACCACAGUGUAGCUUGUUUCUGUACCUUUUUAGUGUGCAUUUCAUUUGAAAGAUGUCCUUUUUAGUAUGUUUGUUUAAACCAAAGGAGACAUGAUUUUUGUGUGUGUGUGUGUGUGUGUGUGUGUGUGUGUGUGUGUGUGUGUGUGUGUGUGUGUGUGUGUGUGUGUGUGUGUGUGUGUGUGUGUGUGUGUGUGUAGUGGGGGAGCGAGAGAGAAUGGUAUAGGUUUCAUUUUGCAGUAAGUCAAGUCAUCCCUUUUGGGCAUAAUUUCAUAAACCAGUAUUUUGUUUAGUUUUAACGAAUGCUGACCUGGUGUUCAUUCGCAAAAACAGAACUAGAGUUUUGUUUUUGAGAAUUCCUGUGCUGAAACCUGUUCCUCACAAUGCUCCUUCAGAAAAUAAAAAGAAAUCCAGAUGAACAAAGCGACGCAUCAGUAUCUGUAAGUUUAAAUUAAAACCAACCCUUUUCAGAA